CCUCCAUUUAGGCAUUUCCCACCCUCCUCUUUCCCCAGUCCAGUCCCGUCCCUUCCCGUCCAGUAAAUUCCAGCCCACCGCUGCAUCAUAUCCCUCCCGACUCCCGAGUGCCCUCCUUCCCGACGCUGUGGGAUUGGGAUCUGCUCUUGCCUUCCCAUCCAAUUGGACCUCACCUUCCUCCACGGAUAGACCGACCUGCAUGCACCUGCCUCCACGGCUUUUAUCGGCCCACAAUCGGUACAAAGUACAUCGAAAAAAAAAAAGGAAGGAAGGAGGAAAAAAAAAGGGAAACUGCUUCCCCGGUCGUUCCACUCCUCCCGGAUUCGCCAAUCGACCACGAAAAUUUCGGCAAUUUCCAAUCUUUUCUGCCCCAUUUCACGAACCCCUCCAUGCCCCUCUCUCCUCCACAAACUGCCCGCCGACAUCGACAACGACCUUCAAGUGCAAUUGAGAAGCAGGGAAAUGCUCGAUACACUCAAGAUGAGCGAAACGCAACUGACCUUUGGUCGGACUGACGACUACAUCUUCAUCUCCAAGCCCAAAAAGGGCAUCGCUUACGUUGAGGCCCGUUUCAAGGAUGGCAAAGGUCUUGCGCACACUGACAAGGGAUGUCAACUGCUUCUCUCCAAGCUUGAAAGAGAAUGGAGCGCGCCCAAACUCAAGGACGACACCGUCAUCUCACUCGAGGCCGACCUCUUGAAGGAGCCAGUCUGUGGGUCUCUCAUGACUGUCUGUUUUCAGAUCGCAUCGCUGACAAUCUCAUCAGUCCAUAAGGAAAUUCCGAGCGACAUGUUCCACUCCCUUCGUGUGGUUGAAUUUCAAGGCCUGGACCCGUCGACUCGUGUUGUCUCCGUCCGCGACGUUGCUAUCAAAGUCAACCUCUACGGUUGCACUCCGGAGUCGCCCGCCGAGUCAGACGAUGAAAUGGUCACCAUCCUUCCAAGCGCCACCAAGGUUGACGGCAUUUGGGAACUCUUGGUCAUUGAUCAUGCUACUACGUUCCAAAUUAUACCUUGA